AUGAGAAAUUGGAUGUUCUUGCAGAUAGUCAUUGUGGGAGAAAACGUUUCAUUUAAGUCCCAGAUGAGGACUGGAAACUUGAAAUCAGAGGAGCAUCUGAAAUCAAGUAAUAUUAGGCAGGCAGAAGUCCUGAAGGCUGACAUGACAGAUUCUAAGCUGGGUCCAGCUGAGGUCUGGACAUCCAGGCAGGCUCUGCAGGACCUGUACCAGAAAAUGCUAGUUACUGAUUUGGAAUAUGCUUUAGACAAGAAAGUAGAACAGGAUCUCUGGAAUCAUGCCUUUAAGAAUCAGAUCACAACACUACAAGGCCAGGCAAAGAAUCGAGCAAACCCGAAUCGGAGUGAAGUUCAGGCGAACCUUUCUCUGUUUCUAGAGGCAGCUAGUGGCUUCUAUACUCAAUUAUUACAAGAACUCUGUACAGUGUUUAAUGUAGAUUUACCAUGCCGUGUGAAGUCUUCCCAACUGGGAAUUAUCAGCAAUAAACAGACGCAUACAAGCGCCAUAGUGAAGCCACAGUCUAGUUCCUGUUCCUAUAUCUGCCAGCACUGCCUCGUCCACCUUGGAGACAUUGCUCGAUACAGAAACCAGACCAGCCAGGCAGAGUCCUACUAUAGGCAUGCAGCUCAGCUUGUCCCCUCCAAUGGUCAGCCUUACAAUCAGUUGGCUAUCUUAGCUUCUUCCAAAGGAGACCAUCUGACCACAAUUUUCUACUACUGCAGAAGCAUUGCUGUGAAGUUCCCUUUCCCAGCAGCCUCCACUAAUCUACAAAAAGCACUUUCUAAAGCACUGGAAAGCCGGGAUGAGGUGAAAACCAAAUGGGGUGUCUCUGACUUCAUCAAGGCCUUUAUUAAAUUCCAUGGUCAUGUGUACCUGAGUAAGAGCUUGGACAAGUUGAGCCCUCUUCGAGAGAAAUUGGAAGAACAGUUUAAGAGGCUGCUAUUCCAAAAAGCUUUCAACUCUCAGCAGUUAGUUCAUGUCACUGUCAUUAACCUGUUUCAACUUCAUCACCUUCGUGACUUUAGCAAUGAAACAGAGCAGCAUAGUUACAGCCAAGAUGAACAGCUGUGUUGGACACAGUUGCUGGCCCUCUUUAUGUCUUUUCUUGGCAUCCUGUGCAAGUGUCCUCUCCAGAAUGAGUCUCAAGAGGAGUCCUACAAUGCCUAUCCCCUUCCUGCAGUCAAGGUUUCCAUGGACUGGCUGAGACUCAGACCUAGGGUCUUUCAGGAGGCAGUGGUGGAUGAAAGACAGUACAUUUGGCCCUGGCUAAUUUCUCUUCUAAAUAGCUUCCAUCCGCAUGAGGAAGAUCUCUCGAAUAUUAAUGGUAAGGGCUUCCCUAACUUUGUAUUGUUGUUGUGGUUCUCUAUCACUAAUGGUGGAUUUAAGUAUCUCAGAAGUGACUUUGAGCUCUACGCUGAUGAAGUGGGUGGAAGAAGAGCUACACCACUUCCAGAAGAGUUUGAGUUACAAGGAUUCUUGGCUUUGAGACCUUCUUUCAGGCUGAUUCAGUGUGAAAAUGAGGUAGGGAAAUUGUUGUUUAUCACAGAAAUCCCAGAGUUAAUACUGGAAGACCCCAGUGAAGCCAAAGAGAACCUCAUUCUGCAAGAAACAUCCGUGAUAGAGUCGCUGGCUGCAGACGGGAGCCCAGGACUGAAAUCAGUGCUGUCUACGGGCCGAAAUGUAAGCAACAACUGUGACACUGGAGAGAAACCAAUGGUCACCUUCAAAGAGAACAUUAAGCCACGGGAAGUGAACAGAGACCAAGGAAGAAGUUUUCCUCCCAAAGAGGUGAGAAGGGACUGUAGCAAAGGAAUAACUAUAACUAUGAAUGAUGGAAAGAAGGACAACAACAAGAGGAAAACUGAAAGCAAGAAAUGCACCUUAGAAAAGUUACAGGAAACAGGAAAGCAGAAUGUGGCAGUGCAGGUAAAAUCCCAGACAGAACUAAGAAAGACUCCAGUAUCUGAAGCCAGGAAAACACCUGUAACUCAAACCCCAAGUCAAGCAGGUAACUCCCAGUUCAUCCCCAUUCAUCACCAUGGAGCUUUCCCUCCUCUUCCCAGCCGGCCAGGGUUCCCACCCCCAACAUAUGUUAUCCCCCCUCCUGUGGCAUUUUCUAUGGGCUCAGGUUACACCUUCCCAGCUGGUGUUUCUGUCCCAGGAACCUUUCUUCAGCCUACAGCUCACUCUCCGGCAGGAAACCAGGUGCAAGCUGGGAAACAGUCCCACAUUCCUUACAGCCAGCAACGGCCCUCUGGACCAGGGCCAAUGAACCAGGGACCUCAACAAUCACAGCCACCUUCCCAGCAACCCCUUAAAUCUUUACCAGCUCAGUCAACAGCACAGUCUACAAGCCAGUUGCAGGUUCAAACUCUAACUCAGCAACAACAGUCCCCUACAAAAGCUGUGCCAGCUCUGGGGAAAAGCCCGCCUCACCACUCUGGAUUCCAGCAGUAUCAACAGGCAGAUGCCUCCAAACAGCUAUGGAAUCCUCCUCAGGUUCAAGGUCCAUUAGGGAAAAUCAUGCCUGUGAAACAGUCCUACUACCUUCAGACCCAAGACCCCAUAAAACUGUUUGAGCCGCCAUUGCAACCUCCUGUAAUGCAGCAGCAGCCUCUAGAGAAAAAAAUGAAGCCUUUCCCCAUGGAGCCAUAUAACCAUAAUCCCUCAGAAGUCAAGGUCCCAGAAUUCUACUGGGAUUCUUCCUACAGCAUGGCUGACAACAGAGCUGUAAUGGCACAGCAAGCAAGUAUAGACCGCAGGGGCAAACGGUCACCAGGAGUCUUCCGUCCAGAGCAGGAUUCUGUGCCCAGGAUGUCAUUUGAGGAUCCCAAGAGCUCCCCUCUGCUUCCUCCGGACCUGUUAAAGAGUCUGGCUGCCUUGGAGGAAGAGGAAGAGCUGAUUUUUUCUAACCCUCCUGAUCUUUACCCAGCUCUGCUGGGGCCUCUCGCCUCUCUUCCUGGACGAAGCCUCUUUAAAUCUUUAUUGGAGAAACCCUCAGAGCUCAUGUCACAUUCAUCCUCAUUCCUGUCCCUCACUGGAUUCUCUCUCAAUCAGGAAAGAUACCCAAAUAACAGUAUGUUCAAUGAGGUAUAUGGGAAAAACCUGACCACCAGCUCCAAAGCAGAACUCAAUCCCUCGAUGGCCCCCCAAGAAACAUCACUGUACUCCCUUUUUGAAGGGACUCCAUGGUCUCCAUCACUUCCUGCCAGUUCAGAUCAUUCAACACCAGCCAGCCAGUCUCCUCAUUCUUCUAACCCAAGCAGCCUGCCUAGCUCUCCUCCAACACACAACCAUAAUUCUGUUCCAUUCUCCAAUUUUGGACCCAUUGGGACUCCAGAUAAUAGGGAUAGAAGGACUGCAGAUCGGUGGAAAACUGAUAAGCCAGCCAUGGGUGGGUUUGGCAUUGAUUAUCUGUCAGCAACAUCAUCCUCUGAGAGCAGUUGGCAUCAGGCCAGCACUCCAAGUGGCACCUGGACAGGCCAUGGCCCCUCCAUGGAGGAUUCUUCUGCUGUCCUCAUGGAAAGCCUAAAGUCUAUCUGGUCCAGUUCCAUGAUGCAUCCUGGACCUUCCGCUCUGGAGCAGCUGUUAAUGCAGCAGAAGCAGAAACAGCAGCGGGGACAAGGCACCAUGAACCCUCCACACUGAGGCCAAAGUGGCAACCCUGGAAAUGAAGGCUCCAUAAACCAUGGCAUGUUGGGUUUGCAGGACUGGCCUACACAGUCCCUGCAGGUGGCAGCCCUCUUUUCUGUUUCUUGCCGUCAAGAGGGUGUAAGUGUUCCACCGGCCCGCUGAGUGUGCACGAAAUGUUCGCAGUGCAACAAAAAAAAUCCAUCAGGAACUCUCCAUCCCCCCGGGGCUUUCUGGAGGGAGAGAGGAACUGCUGUUUGUCUCACUCAGUUUACCUGAUAUCACCGCCUCUCACCUUCUCCAUUGUGCAUGUCCCCAGCCACAUGGGAAGUGAAAGCUGAGAAGGGAAGGCAGAUGGGAGAAGCCAAUGGAAACUUCUCAGUCCUUUUUUCCUCUUUGGGGAAUAAAAUAGGAAUCCAUUAAUGAUUGCUUUGCUGACUGAGAAUGUAGUUGAAAUUAUUCCUGAACAUCUUUUAUUAUUGUUAUUACUCUCAGUAGUAAAAUAUCACACUGAAUUCUUCCAUA